CGCAACGCCUCGCCGAAGUCGGCUUAAAACUCCCAAGCCGCACUCUGCAGGGGUAGCUUCCAUGACCAAGAAGCCUCAGGAAGAGUAUUUUAAUGUCAAGCGCAUUCUCAACUUUCAGGUGAGGUACUUGGUCGAGUGGGAAGGGUACGGACCUCAGCACAACAGUUGGGAACCUGUUGAGCAUUUCGAGCGAUGUCCCAAUCUGCUGCGGGAUUUCUGUAAGAGUACGGGAUCGGUAGGGGAAUAGAUCGCGCGGGAGUUUCGGGCCCUAAGACCGUAUAGUACGGAGGCCUACCGUUCAGCACAGUAGGACGAUAGGGUGUUGAUGUAUAUUUAGGGAAGUUUGCACGAGAUAUUGCGGAUUGGGCGAG